UCUGGGGCUGCCGCGGUGAUCAAACCGCGAGCGGUGCCGCAGCGAUCCAACGCUAGACACAUAGCGGAAACUCAGCACUCACUCCAAGUUAAACACAAGUAGUCCGUUACGGUUCGCUCACGGACUGUCGAGCGGAGCAUCGGGUUCUCUGGGCUCGACGGGUCGGGUCUGAGACGGCUGUGCAGGAAAGGCGCCCUGUUUGACAGGUAAAGCUGCGGAGCGGCGGGGCGACGGGGCUUUCCCUCGGGCGACACCACUCUCUAAUGCCCGCUAUGGCGUCCGUUAUGGAGGACCCGGCCCUGGAGAGACACUUCAAGGGCCACAAAGAUGGCGUCACCUGUGCAGACUUCAGUCCCAACUGCAAACAGCUGGCCUCGGGGUCGCUGGAUAAGAGCCUGAUGGUCUGGAACCUGGCUCCGAAGGCCAGGGCUUUCCGCUACGUGGGCCACCGAGACGUCGUCACCGGGGUGCAGUUCUCCCCGUCCGGAGACCUGGUGGCCACUUCCUCCAAGGACCGGACGGUCCGACUGUGGACCCCCUCCAUGAGGGGCGAGUCCACGGUGUUCAAAGCCCACACGGCCGCCGUGCGCAGCGUGGCGUUCUCCCACGACGGCCAGCGCCUGGUGACGGCGUCCGACGACAAGUCGGUCAAAGUGUGGAGCGUCCGCCGGCGGUGCUUCCUCUACUCCCUCAGCCAGCACACCAACUGGGUGCGCUGCGCCAGGUUUUCCCCGGACGGGCGUCUGAUCGCGUCCUGCGGAGACGACCGCACCGUCCGGCUGUGGGACACGUCCACCAAACACUGCGUCAACUGUUUCUCUGACUGCGGAGGAUCAGCGACGUUUGUCGGCUUCAACUCGAGCGGCACCUGCAUCGCGUCCUCGGGAGCCGACAGUUCCGUGAAGAUCUGGGAUCUACGGACCAACAAGCUGCUUCAGCAUUACCAAGUCCACUGCGCGGGGAUCAACAGUUUUUCCUUCCACCCGUCCAACAACUACCUGAUCAGCGGCUCCACCGACGGCACCGUUAAGAUCCUGGACCUGCAGGAGGGACGGCUCAUCUACACCCUGCACGGGCACACGGGCGCUGUCAACACAGUCACGUUUUCCAGGGCGGGAGACCUCUUCGCCUCGGGGGGAGCCGAUUGUCAGGUGCUGAUGUGGAGGACAAACUUCGACGCCAAAUCCUACCAGGACGUCCUGCAACAGCACGGCCGGAGGUCCACCCCGGACCCCCCGCCCCACCUGACGGACAUCCACCCCAGAGGACCCCACCUGCACCUCCCGAAGCCCACAGCCAUCCAGAUCAGUCCAACGGUGGCCGACACUCAGUCCAGGGAUCCGCACGUCGUCGAGUUGGGCCGGUCCGUGCACGGCGCCACGCCCUCGAGCGGUCGAGCGAACUCGACGCCCACGCCGGGCGGCGGCGGCGGCGGGCGCCACUCCAACGGAUUGCCGACCCGUCGCAUGGCCGGUUCAAGAGUGGGAGGAUGGGUGGGAGACGAGAGUACCGGCGGGGCAGGUGCGCCAGUCCGGAGCCAGACGGCCGACGGCGGGGGAGGAAGAGGGAGGAGAGAGGAAGAGGAGGAGGAGGAGGAGGAGGAGGAGGAGGAGGCGGCGGCGAGAGGGCAGACGCACCCAUUGGAAGUUCUCUCCGGUCACCCAUCGUGUCUGGACUCGACCCUGCGGCACAUCGUCCAACAGUUGGAUAUUCUCACGCAGACGGUUUCGGUGCUGGAGGAGCGUCUCACCCUGACGGAGGACAAGCUGAAGGAGUGUCUCCUCAACCAAUCCCAGAUUCUCAAGGACGUGCGGAGGUCGGAGAGCGAGGAGACGGAUGGAUGACCCGUGUGUGUGUGUGUGUGUGUAAAUAUGUGUGUCUGUGUGUCAUUAAAAAGUCUCCACCUCGGUGGUCUCUCUCAGGGUUCAGCGGGUUUAUCAUGAGUUGGGUGUCUGUGUGUGAUACUUUCGUCUUUUCGACACCUCUUAAGGACAUCCAGCUGUACGGCCAAUCACAGUCUGAAGGGGACAUUCCGUGUGUGUGUGUGUGUGUGUGUGUGUGUGUGUGUGUGUGUGUGUGGGUGGGUGUGUACUUGUACAGCUAUCUUUGUGAGGACCGCCGUGUGGUUCAGAACUUCGGAGUGAGGACAUGUUUGGAAAGUGAGGACAUUAGGGUGUGUGUGUGUGUUUGUGUGUUGAUAUGGAUGUUAUGUCCAAUCGGGACAGCUGCAGCUAUGAAAACAUAACUUGUGUGUGUGUGUGUGUGUGUGUGUGUGUGUGUUUACACUGGUGUAUUUGGUAUACGCACUCUUUAUAUCUCUUUUUUUGCAUAUUUUCUCUUUGUAAUUUUUAAAACGUGUUUUGCCUCAUGUUUAAUUUAUAGAAAUAAAUAAAAAACUAUAUUGCACUAA